AUGUUGCAAGUGAAGAUCUCGCUGGAGGCUCCACAAGGCUCUGUGGAGAUGUACAUUGCUUCGGCUGAUCUGCCACUUCCCCUCAAGCUGCAGACAAUGCCCGUAUCAGAGGGCAGGCAGCGGUUGCGCGUGGCGCCACCACGGCACCAGCGUAGAGUGGCCCAGCACGAGAAUGCUGAGGCAGCAAAUGCAGUGCAGCAAUUGAUGCCAACAGAUGCGUCCAGAGCUCUCAGAAAGGAGCUGGGGGUCACCAAGGCCAAUCUUCAGAGCAAGACUGCGGAGCUGGGGCAAACUAAGCGGGCAAUGAAGGGCAAGGAUAAGGAGAUUGCACUGUUGAGGGCAGCACUGGUGGAGAGGGACGGGCGGCUGCAGGCCAACAAUGCGGAGUUGCUUCAUGCCCGCAUGGAACUCCAGGAGAAAGACGAAGAGCUGGUGUCAGCAUACCAUCGACUGACAGAGGCCUGUCAGCAGCGCUCGGCAGUGCGUGCUGCCCUCAUUGGCACACAGACCGAGCUUGCCGCCACGUCAGCAGAGCUGGAUGCUUGGACGCACGAGAUUGCCAGUUUCCAGACAGAGCUGGCAGAGCUGGCUGUGGUGGAAGAGGAGCCCACCAGCACUCAGAAUGGUGCAGGGAGAGCAGAAGCCAGGCAGCCAAAAGCAGCAGCACCCUCGGCUGCAGCGUCUGGAAAGAGCAGUGAGAAGGAUAUGAACAGCAUGCUCCAACUGCUGCAGAAUCUUUCCCAGCUCAGCAAUGACCUCAAGAAAGAUGCACAGGAGGACGAUGAAAUUUUCAGGGAGGGCACCAGUGAUUGA